GGACGUUCCAUGUUCAUGCCGCCAGCAUCCUGAACAGUCAGGUUUCGCUCCUCAGCGUUAACGGUCGAUUAUUACGCGCUAUACCGGAACAGUUCGAUAAUUACGUUUUUUUCAUAAACAUUUACGAGAUCACAGUUUGAUGAGACUCAACGACAGUUAGAAUUUAUGAAAGUGGAAAUAUUUAACAAAAGUUUGUGAAAAUACGAUAACAAUUUUCGGACUUUGAAAUUCCGUCCAAAAUGACAUUGUGAAUUUGUUGCCCGACUAUAACUGUGUUAGCCUUGCAAACCUAAGUGAAACUGGAUUUUAUAUGCAGAUAUCCUGAUAGGAAUAUCAACUAGAUUACAGUCGAACUAUCAUGUUCAUGUGACACUUCAAAACAAAAUCAUGGAUCUCAAGUUCUUCUUCCUGGCUCCACUUUUAAUUUUGUCGACAGUUGGGACUGACUUUCCUCCUACUGACCCUUCAUCUCAACCUCUUAGAUACGAAGCUCCUGAUGAUUGCCAGUGGUGGAUACGAGAACCUACAGUUUCAGGAGGGCAAGAUGAGGUAGCUCUCACUUGCAAUUUGAGAACUAUCAACAGUGAGUUCGACACCACAAACUUCAGUGUGAUACCGUCAGAGCAUACAACUUCUUUGCGCAUAGAAUGCAAUCCAGAUAUUAUGUCUAGGAGCAGUUUGAACGACAAGAGUUUCGUACAUCUAACGAAACUUAGGGAGUUGGAGCUCGAGAACUGCAAAUUGGGUAGAUGGCCAGCGGGAACAUUACUAGGACUACGUGACUUGAGAAAUCUCUCUGUGAGAACCCACAAUACAGUUUGGCCUGCAAUGAAUCUGGAAUUUUCCAGGGAUAGUUUCCUGCCAGUGAGGCAAUUAGAUCGUCUGGAUUUGAGCUGUAAUAAUAUCUGGUCGUUUCCUGAGAGUCUAUUCUGUCCUUUGAUUAAUUUGAUAGCACUCAACGUGAGUGAAAAUCGUCUACAGGACGUGAGUGAUUUGGGAUUUCGAGAAAAAGCUCCUGGAUUACCGCAACCACUGAUAAGUGUUUCUGAAUUAGAUCAUCAUCCACACACAGAAACAACCCUUGCUAGUCCUUGUAGCUUGGACAUUCAGGUACUUGACACUUCUUUCAAUCAUUUCGUGUUGAUACCAGCACAUGGAUUCAGUAUUUUACGAAGAUUACGAGAACUCUAUAUUCAUAAUAAUGAAAUUUCUAUGGUAGCUGAUAAAGCACUCUCAGGUUUGAAGUCUUUACAAAUAUUUGACAUGUCAAAUAACAAAGUUGUGGCCCUUCCGUCAGAACUAUUCAAAGAUAGUGUUGGCUCGAUUAAAGAAAUAUAUCUACAAAACAACUCAAUAAGUGUUCUGGCACCUGGACUAUUUGCAAAUCUAGAACAACUCCUUGCUCUAGAUUUAUCGAGAAAUCUACUGAACAGUGCAUGGAUCAAUGCGGACACAUUCUCUGGUCUUAUAAGAUUAGUGCUCCUGAAUUUAUCGUACAAUCGAAUCACCAAAUUGGAUCCUUCUUUUUUCAGAGAUUUAUAUACACUCCAAAUUCUGAAUCUUGAGCAUAAUUCUCUCGAAACUAUUCCUGCUGAUACGUUCGCUCCAAUGAAUAACCUGCAUACGCUGAUUAUUUCCUUCAAUAAAAUCACGUAUCUCGACGCCUAUUCUCUAAACGGGCUAUACGUUCUGUCGUUAUUGGCACUAGAUAAUAAUCUGCUAGAAGGAAUUCAUCCCGAAGCAUUCAGGAAUUGCUCGAGCUUGCAAGACUUGAAUUUAAACGGGAAUUUACUGAAAGCAGUUCCUUUGGCGCUGAAAGAUAUGCGACUGAUGAGAACUGUAGAUUUGGGUGAGAAUCUUAUCAGUUCUCUCGAAGAUCCUGGGUUUAGAGGAAUGAGCAACCUUUAUGGGUUGAGACUUAUUGGGAACAAGCUCCAGAACAUCACUAAACGGGUAUUUGCGGAUUUACCAGCUCUACAAAUACUCAAUCUUGCCAGGAAUAAAAUCCAGAGAGUUGAACAAGGAGCUUUUUCUUACAGCCCCAACUUACAGGCAAUCAGAUUGGAUGACAAUGAAAUGACUGAUGUCAAUGGGUUAUUUGCGGACGUUUCUAGCCUGCUAUGGCUGAAUGUAUCAGAAAAUCAUAUCGAGUGGUUUGAUUAUGCUUUAAUUCCACGUGGUUUACAAUGGUUAGAUAUGCAUAGUAACAACGUUCAAGAAUUGGGAAACCACUAUAACUUGGACUUCGAGUUACAUCUCCAAACAUUGGAUGCUAGUUUCAAUAAAUUAUCUAAAAUAGGAGCUUCUUCUGUGCCAAGCAAUAUAGAACUAUUAUUUCUCAAUGACAACUUAUUAACUUUGGUUGAACCUCAUACAUUCCUAAAGAAAAGGAAUCUUACAAGAGUAGAUCUAUAUGCAAAUCAGAUAACUAGCAUGAAUUUAAACGCACUCAGACUCACACCAGUAGAUCCAGAUAGACCACUACCAGAAUUCUAUAUAGGUGGUAAUCCGUUUCAGUGUGAUUGCAGUAUGGAGUGGUUACAGCGUAUAAACAAACUAGACCACCUGAGGCAACACCCACGUGUUAUGGAUUUAGACAGCAUAUACUGUAAGUUAUUAUACAACCGAGAGACUAACUACCUGCCAUUGAUAGAAGCUGAUUCAUCGCAAUUUCUUUGCACGUAUAAGACGCACUGCUUUGCGUUAUGUCACUGCUGUGAAUUCGAUGCAUGUGACUGUGAGAUGACUUGUCCUGCAAAUUGUACCUGUUACCACGAUCAGUUAUGGUCUGCCAAUGUUGUGGAGUGCUCAGCAGUGGGCUAUAGUGAAAUGCCGAAUAGAAUUCCUAUGGAUGCAACUGAAGUUUAUCUUGAUGGAAAUAACUUUGGCGAAUUGUCUAGUCAUGCAUUCAUAGGUAGAAAAAAUUUGAAAGUGCUCUUUGCUAAUAAUUCCAAUAUAGCAGCUAUUUAUAAUCACACAUUCACUGGUUUGAAAAGACUCGCAAUAUUACAUUUAGAAACGAAUCACUUGAGGGAGUUGCUAGGAUUCGAGUUUUCUGUACUGGAAUAUCUGAAAGAACUUUAUCUACAGGAUAACGUAAUACAAUUCAUUGACAAUAGGACUUUCGUGGAGCUCAAGCAACUGGAAGUUUUACGGUUAGAUGGUAAUCGAUUAUACUCCUUCGAGGUUUGGCAAUUUAUUUCGAAUCCAUACCUAGUUGAAAUUGGCUUAUCCAAUAAUCAAUGGUCUUGCGAUUGUGAGUAUGUGGCGAAAUUCAAGUUAUGGCUCAGAGUGAAUCAUGAGAAGGUGGUUGAUUCCAAUAAAAUAACAUGUAUGUAUAACAAUGUGACAAAGGCUUUGGGUCCUUUCAUGAACGAUCUAGAUAAUUCUUCUUGCGUUGAUGUAAACGCUGACAGAAAUAGAGCUAUAGUGGAGAGCCAAGUGAUGAAUGAUUAUCUACCUCUACUCUUGGUAACACUCUGUGUCUUCAUCGCUAGUGUAGUGAUAGUUUGUGGGGCUUUUUAUUAUCGAAGAGAACUCAGAGUGUGGAUAUAUUCUCGAUGCGGACUGAGAAUGUGUUAUAAAACUACAGCUUUUGAAGAACAGCAAGACAAAGACAGAUUGUUCGAUGCAUAUGUUAGUUAUAGUGUUAAAGACGAGGCAUUCGUUAGCCAAAUUUUAGCGCCUGGACUUGAGUCUGGAGAUCCAGGUUACAGGCUUUGUUUACACUACAGAGACUUCAAUGUAUCAGCGUAUGUGGCCGAUACGAUAAUUGAAGCGGUUGAGUCAUCGCGGCGGACAAUUAUAGUACUUUCUAGAAACUUUUUGCAUAACGAGUGGUGUAGGUUUGAGUUCAAGAGUGCGUUACACGAAGUUCUCAAGGACAGAAGAAGAAGACUGAUAUUCAUAGUAACUGGUGAUUUGCCGCAAAGGGACUUAGAUCCUGAUCUGCGAUUGUACCUGAAAACCAACACCGUUAUCGAAUGGGGCGAUCGUCAGUUCUGGCAGAAACUGCAGUUCGCUAUGCCAGACGUGAGACGUUCCUGUGUACACCAGAGGUCUUCUGUGAAUAUUUAUGCCACUGCGACUCCUUCGCAUCUCGAUAGAGCCAGGAGUCCGCCAUUGCCGCCACCCCCACCCCCAGGAAAGUUGCCCCCGUUCCUGCACCAUCAUUCGUCUAGUUUGCCAAGGGAUAGCAGGACGUUACCGCAUCCUUUGUGGGCGUAGCGGAUGCAUUUCAAUAGUUUGCAGAGGUCGAAUAGCAGGACAAGGCGUACUUUUGCAACGACAAGAAUAGCUGAAGGUCGGCCAACCCUUCACUACUAGAAGGGCGCAGUGUGUGAUAUUUUUGUGAAUAAUUCUAAAGAGUUCGAUAGUUGAUAAUUAUUAAUUUAUUGAAAUGAGAUAGACUGACUAUUUGUAACGAAUUAUACCAUGAAGAAUUUAAAAAAAGUUGGUGGCAUCAACUAUCCAUAUGUGCAGAUCUACUGAUGAUUUUAUUGGUUUUGACACUUUGAUAUAGAUAAGCGAUUAUAUAUUAGAGUCAUUCGUCCGUACUGAUCUCCAUCAUCAUUGGUGGCAAUAUAUUUGAUCGAUAUGGUUAUACGAUUUUUUUUUCAAAUAAAACCUCUCUAGAAGUCGCAAAAUUAUUUGCGUGAUGAAUUGUAUGUGUACAUGACUAUUAAUUGAUUUGAAUACUGAGAAUUAGAUGAUGAUAUCAGCUGAUGGUCAUCCAUCAAUCAUAUUGAAUGGAAUAUCUCCAUCAAUUGUCUUAUAAAUAUUAAAAUUCAUUAUCACCACACUUGAUGUUGAGAAAUUUGUUAUUAUUAGUCCUCUUGAUUUAAUUUGAUAAUUUAUACAAAUAUAUAUUUCGAUAUCUCAUCUCUUCCAGAAUGAUUUGUUGCAUUUCAAGAAAACUUCAAUUCGGUAAUCAUCAUUUGCUUUCCCAGAAUGGCUCAAUGAAAUUGUUCGAAAUACAUCCUAUAAUAGUUGUAUUUCGAACAAUUUCAUACAACUUUUAUAGAUAUAUACUAUCCUUCUAUAAUAUUCUGGAAUAGUACACCUACUAAUAAUCUGAAAUAUAGUCGAGUGUCAUUUAAUACCAUAAAUCAUUAAUUUUUCAUUCAACUUUGGAUAGUUUAAGCCACUGACACAAUAAUAAAUGUCUUGAUAUAUCAAUGUUUCCCAAUAUUUGCGCUUGAUGAGCUUAUUAUCAUAGGUGUAUAAUCUGUAAAUAUUUUGUUUAUAUUUAUUACUAAAUGAAUUUGUUGAUUGUACGGGUCUAAUUUAUUUAUCGAACUUUUCUAUAGUUGUAGAUAUACAGAUUGAUUGAUGAGUGAUGUGUCAAAUCGUGAGUGUAGAUUCAGGGAGUAAAAUAUUUCCGUAUAGCAGAAUAUUUUGCAUUAAAACAAUGGAUCUUGAAUCAUUUCCCACUCAGUAAAAUUUAUUUAUUUUUUGUUCAUAGUUCUAUGAAAGUCAGUGAAUUCCAUGAUUUCAAUGGUCGAUGAUGUAUGUACCUAUAUCUGUGAGUAUUAUAUACGAUUUUACGAAUCAUAGAAACGAAAAAUGUCAAUAGGAAUUUUGUGGUUACCAUCAUCAAUGAACAGGACCGUAUGAUGGUGAUCUAGACAAAUGCAAAUAUCUCGAGAACGAAUAACAUUGUUGUGGAAGAAUUUACAAAUAAUAAUGAUGAGGAUGAUUGAGCGACUAGUCUGGAGCAAUAAAAAAAAACUUCACUGCCCAACUCUCAACCUCAUGGAUUACAUAUUACCAGUACAUUUUUUUCAACAGAAGUGAUUAUACCUAUCUAUUUCAUUUACUGUAGAUUCAUUCAUGAAGUAAAUUUAUGUUAGUAUGAAAAAUUAAUUUGACGUAUUAUCAUCAUCAGGAGAAAUUCACAUAUUAUUUCGAAAGGUAUGCACUUACAAUUUAGCACAGUACUUAACACAUGAUGAACAAAAAUAAUAUGUACGAAAAUAAUUAACUGAGAUAUCUCAUUUUGGAUUUUAUUGAAAAUAUACCUUAAUCUGUAUCAUUUUUCGACAUGCCACAGCAACGAGAUAAAUAAGAUAGUGAGGCAAGACAUUCCUUCUGUUGUACUGUGAGUGAUACAGGGUGGAUACAUCAACUGGAAUAAAUUCGCAAUCGCAAAGAGGAAUGGGUUUUUUGAAAAUUCGCGAGAUCAAUUGAAUUUAUCUACAUUUUGCGAGCGAUAUGGAACUCAAAACCCCCCAGGGGUAGCAGCACAUUAUAUUAUUUCAAAUGCAAUCCUAUCGCUUGUGACCCCUCAUUGAAAAGCUCGUUGAAACAGGAAUCCAGCGUACUGAUUAAAUACUGUCUGUAGGUUGAUUGAAUGAACUUCAGUUUUGUGGUAUGUUUGGCGGUCGCAUGAAAUCAAGAUAUCAUUUCAAUACUCAAUUCAUUUUCAACGUAUUUUCACUUAUAAAAACCAAAGGCUAUAAUUUCUGAAUAAUUUGUCGCUUACUUGUGGAAGCGAGUUGCCCGACGCCGAAGGCGAAGGUCUUUCACCUAAGAGGAACUCACUUGAGGAAAGUUGAGACAAUUUAUGAGAAUUUCAAUAGUCGGGAAUAUUCAGUGAGGAAAAUUUUUUCAUACAAUUGAAAUCGACUCAUUUUCGAUAUUUCCAUAUCAACUUACUCGAAGUGACUGAGAUUUUGAAAAUUUGAUUGAGUUAACGUCAAAAUAUAUCAUUACCAUAUGGUGACUAGAUUUUUCAACAGUGACAAAUUACCGGGCACAUAUCAGUUAAAUGUUUUUCUAUCUGGCUAAUACUCGUCACUUGGUUACAAAUACGUAGAUAUGAUGCGUUCAAAUUACUUGACGAUUUUUAGUGAUCGUGAUUUAAGGUAUUUUCACCAGUUUCCAAUGAUACUUCGUUUCGACCUGUGAAUAAUAAAUGAAAUCAAUUUUUUUUUUCAGCUCUCAAAACACUAUACAACGCAGAUAGCAAUGGUAUGGCAGAGAAUUGCCAUCAAUUGUUCAACACACAUCAUGAGCAAUUGUUUCGUUGAAAAUAAAUAGAAUGUGAGAUAUUCAUUUUGAUUUCAUGCAACCCUUAGACGUUAAAAAAAAAUUUGGAUUUUACCAAAUUGCUGGAUUCUUCUUCUUAUUAGCUUCCAUAGUGGUCACAAGCCAUUGGGUUGCAAUUCAGGAAAAAUAUUCACUUUCUUGCUAGCGAAUUUACCAAGUUGAAGUCUCCACACUGUAUAUUAUUUUUUUACCAAGUGAGUGAAAUUCGAGUAUAUACAUGGGAAUUUUGGGAACGGUAAGAGCUACAGAAAAGGUUCAAUAUGUCGUUAUUAAAGUGAAAAAACUCCGAAUACUUCCGAAGAUUUUGGAAAAAAAAAACGAAUAUUCGCGAUUUCAUUUCUAUUUUUUUCUUACUCUCUUUGAAUAGAUGUAGCAGAACGAAUGACAAUUCCUCAUUACUUCUUUUUCUCUGUUCUGUUUUCUGUUCUCUGUUUUUUUUUUUAAAUACGGCUCUGGAUUAUUUAUCAUGAAUUUUAUGAACUCCAAAUUUCUUGAAAUCGAUGGUGUAUCGCACUUAUGGACGUAUUGAAAAAAAAAAACAGAGUUGAUGAUGGCAGCUCAAGAACGAAUCGUCGGAUCUAAAAUCUGAUAACACCAUAUAUAGAACAAUAAAAGUAGCAAUGAUGAUGUGUUAUUCGUUACAUCUUAUCAGGAGGACUCAGAAAGAAAGAAAAGAGGGAUCGCGAAGUAUCCGCAUUUUUUUCAUUUUUUUGCCACCAUUCAACCUUCACUGUGGCUAUUACCGUUCCCGAGAUGCCCAAUCAUCUACUCGAAUUUCACUGACCCCGUAUAUUACAUAUUCUCUCAAUACAAAGGUAUAUUUAUCCUAAAAUCUCUAUCAAUUUAGUAUCUGAUUCUGGUACUGGAGGUCGUUGAGAGCUGUCAGUUCAAUGAUAUGUAAAAUUAGAAUCAAAUUCAGAGCAUCGAAGAGAAGAUAGAUUUGAUGAUGUCAAUUGUUUAAAUGUCUAACUAGAAGGAGUGUGAACUUCAUCAUUGAUCAGUAGUAAAGAUAACGAUUUCGAAAUUUGACCAUAGCAGAUAUAGUGGAGUGUUCUAGAACUAGUUGUGGAAAAACAAUCUUUCUUUUGACAUUGGUGUCUAUAGUAUACCUGUAAUGAUCGUUAUUGAAUAUCUGUUGUUACUUUGCUUUUGCUACAUUGAUUUUCCAUGUUGUCAUCUCAGUAUAGUUUGAAAUUAUGUAAAAAUCAAUAUUCUUUUGGGGAUUUUUCCACAACGACAUUCAUAGAACCAAGAAUUUGUGAAAAUAUUAUGAUAAUAAUAUAUCCCAUUGUUCCUGAAGACGAUUCCUAACUUAUUAUCCUAAAGUAUACUUUUUUUCGUGAUUUUUGUAAAUAUUUGUAAAUAGUUUUAUUAAGAUAUAUUUUCGUCAGAAUUCCAA